UUCCCUCCUAGUUUCUUUGAUUCCAUGGAACGCCUAAUCAUACAUUUAGCUGAUGAAGCAAUUCUUGGUGGUCCGGUGCAAUACAAAUGGAUGUAUCAAUACGAGAGAAAGUUGGGCAUAAUAAAAAGAAGAAUUAGGAACAAAGCAAGGGUUGAAGGUUCAAUCGUCAAUGAACAUCUAGUGAAUGAAAUCGCUACCUAUUGUUCUUUAUAUUUUGCCCCCACGGUUGAGACAAACCAUAAUCAAGAGCCACGAAAUUUUACACCACAACAUGACAACUCUUCAAGUGGAGAUAUAUUAAGCGUAUUUGCCUUUCCAUCAAGAAGAUUACAUGAAAAGGGUGGAAAGAAAAGACUCUUGAAACAUGAAGAACUUCACAAAGCACACACUUACAUCCUACUAAACUGUGCAGAAGUUGCCCCUUUCAUCCCAGAAUUUGAUCGAGCAGCCCAAGCAUCAUAUCAAAAUGAACCAAUUUCAGUACUUAGAGAUAAAUACUUUGCAGAAUGGUUUAAAUACAAAGUAACGAGGGACUCAACUGAUGGAAGUGCUAAACAUUUAGAACCUUUAGCAAAUGGCCCCUCGAACAAUGCUCGGUCUUACAACGGCUACUUUGUAAAUGGUUAUAAGUUCCACACACAAGAAUAUGGUAAAGGACGUGCAACAAAUAACUAUGGACUAUGCGUGAGGGGGGAGAUAUAUAAUGGCGAAGAGUCAGACUACUACGGCUUAUUGGAUGAGAUCCUAGAGAUUGACUAUUAUGGCAUUGGGCGCUCGACUGUUGUGCUAUUCAAAUGCACUUAGUUUGAUAAUAUACGCGGUGUAGUAGUUAACAAGAAUAAAUUGGUUGGUGUUAAACCUAC